AUGCGCUGCGAAACGGUGCUGAGGUUGGGCUGCGCGUUGCUGAUCUGUGUCGGUGCGAGCUCCGUCGAAGCCCACGGCCACGGCCAGGGAAGCGUGGAAACGCUGCUGGCACACGACCUUUCAUCGCACGAAGGACCGGGAGAUAAUUUCAAUAAUGAUUUGGCCCGCAACUUUCACUCACCCCGGUUGGAAUACAACGAAUGGUUGCCGGUGGGACGAGGUGAUCCACUGAAGAACGACCCUACGUACGACUACAGUCCACCGGUGUUGGACCGGGUGCGCUACUGGUCGGAGGGAUCGAAGGACAAGUCGGCCGGCAACGACAUCCUGCUGCUCGGUGUGCCCUCGAAGAAGUCCAGCGCGGGUCCCGUGGGCAAGGACUGGAACAGCGUUCCACCCGUCGCCCGGCGUAACUACUUCUCUCAUCAGCCGCACGGAGUGGCCGCCCCGAACCAGCUGCCCACGGUGCUGAUGCCGCCUCCGUUGGGCAACUUCCUCGGUGGGCCGGAUUCGGGUGCCGGUUUCUGGGGAGGAUCUUCGGCCGGCGCUUCGCAGAGGGUCGACAAUCAGCCCGGCGAGGGAUUCAAGUAUCGUCCGACGGGCAGUAGCUUCCCGCUGCCGGGACAAUACCAGGGACCGAAGCAUCCAGAUCCGCCGAUAUCGCAGCCUAUUACGGCACAAUUCCAUCACCAUCAUCAACCCCAGCCAGUGCAGGCAGGAUCCGUGGGGGUCGGAUUUAAUCGGCAGCAACAGCAUCCGUAUGUGACGACGAUCCGAUUGACAACUCCGGCCGGUGACACUGUAAAGCGACCGCUGCUGAAGACCAUCCUCCAGAAUGAGCACUCCUAUCCCUUCACCAAGACGGCCAUGACGAGCACGGUCACUGAGUACACGUCCGGUGGGUUCUACGACGCGCAGAACAUCAACGCCAUGGCUCAGACGAUCUUCCAUCCGCCACAAACCACCGAGUAUCUGCAGCCUCAGCCGACGAAGGUGGUCCCGAAGCUGAACACGGAAAUCCGGGCACCGUUCGUGACCCCGGCCGGUCCAUUUGUGACGCCGGUGAGUGUACACCACUCGCCUCCGGUCACGUCCACCACAACGGUCCGCAGUACGAUCGCUCCGAGUGAGGCGCAAAAUAUCCAACAGCAUACCGACCUGGGCAUGCACAGCAGUAUGGUUAGCAGUUUUAGCUCGCAACCGGUCACGACACCGCCACCGGCUCCACCCGCCAUGACAACCGAUACGAUCUUCUCGCACUACAAACAACCGACCACGCCGGAACGCUGGUCGCCCUACCUCAUCAUCGAGGGCCACUCGAAGGUGAAAACGUACGGCCUGAACACGAACGACACGCUAAUGCAGUUGCCCCGGAUGGUACCGGUGGCCAGCACGAAGGAUCCGAUCGUCCGGCACGUGGUCAACCGGGAUCCAGAAACGGGGGCCGAGAUGGGCGUAACGCAUCUUGCCACCACCCGCCGGCCACCGGUGUACGAAAUCCACACGGAACGCACACGGCCUGCCAACGCUAACCCUGCGGCCGAUAAGACCGCAUCGACAAAGAGCGGCGGCCAGAAAGAAGCGUCCGCCGUCGAUACCCUUCUCACGCUGCUCGAUGCAUCCCCCUUCGGAGACAUGCUGAAGCACGACGAAGCCAUCGGGAAUACGCUGGACGGUGCCGGCGGUGGCAAGGAUAGCAAAACCCGUCGGAAUGUGCGUAUCGCGAGGAUGGUGCGACCGUAA